UUAUCGUGUCCCUCUGUUUUCUUAAGAUUUAAGAAAAGAGAUUCAGAAGUAUAUCCUAAAGUAUUAAUUACUUUCCAUUUUAAACUAUUUUGGUCCGAGACGACGGGUUGGAACCACCAUCAAUGGCGCCUGUGAGAACCACAGGAGCUAUUGCUGUCGCAGCUGCUAUCUCCAUCUCCAUGGCUCUGCUGUCUCACUUUAUUGUCUCUGGAAAGACCAACUUACCUCUCCCAAAGCAGUUGAAGAAGAAGAAGAAGAAGAAGAAGAAGAAGAGGAGUAACUCCAGAAAUGGGCUUACUGAUGCCAUAGGCAACACUCCCUUGAUUCGCAUCAACAGCCUCUCUGAAGCUACCGGUUGCGAAAUCCUUGGGAAGUGCGAGUUUUUGAAUCCGGGAGGGAGCGUGAAAGAUAGGGUUGCGGUGAAAAUCAUUGAAGAGGCUUUGGAAUCUGGUGAUCUAGUUGAAGGUGGUGUUGUUACUGAAGGGAGCGCUGGGAGCACUGCUAUCAGUCUUGCUACAGUUGCACCUGCCUAUGGAUGCAAAUGCCAUGUUGUUAUCCCCGAUGAUGUAGCGAUUGAGAAGUCUCAAAUACUUGAAGCCCUUGGAGCUUCUGUUGAAAGGGUAAGACCCGUGUCAAUCACACACAGGGAUCACUAUGUCAAUAUUGCAAGGAGAAGGGCAGUGGAAGCAAAUGAGGUGGCAUCAAACAAUCAAAAAGCUGAUCAAAUGGAUGGCCAAUCCCUAAAGCAAAUCAAUGGUUACCCAAUGGGUGAAAAUUGUGAAGGCUCGUCUUUAUUGAAUAAUUGUAGAGGUGGCUUCUUUGCUGACCAAUUUGAGAAUCUUGCUAACUUCCGAGCGCACUAUGAGGGUACUGGGCCUGAGAUUUUGGAACAGACUGGUAGUAAUUUAGAUGCAUUUGUAGCAGCUGCAGGCACAGGAGGGACUGUGGCUGGUGUUUCCAGGUUUCUCCAGGAAAAUAAGCCAAACAUCAAGUGUUUCCUGAUAGAUCCGCCUGGUUCUGGUCUGUUCAAUAAGGUAACUAGGGGGGUGAUGUACACUAGUGAGGAGGCUGAAGGACGAAGACUAAAGAAUCCAUUUGACACAGUAACUGAAGGAAUUGGAAUCAACAGGUUAACACAGAAUUUCAUGUUGGCAAAACUUGAUGGGGCUUUUAGAGGCACAGAUAUCGAGGCUGUUGAAAUGUCAAGGUUUCUUCUGAAGAAUGAUGGACUCUUUCUUGGGAGUUCAUCAGCAAUGAAUUGUGUUGGAGCCGUCAGAGUGGCACAGUCAAUCGGCCCUGGUCACACCAUUGUGACUAUUCUAUGUGACAGUGGAAUGAGGCAUCUAAGUAAGUUUUACAACGAUGAAUAUCUGUCUCAGCAUGGGUUAACACCCAAGGCAACGGGAUUAGAAUUUUUGGGCAUGCAGUGAGUUAGGUUGACCUGGAGUUUGACAUUACUGUUUCUUGACAUUCUUCCAUUUAAAGUUUGAGCAGUCCAAUACAGCUAUAUUCCUCCAAAAAAGUUAUUUUUGAGGUUGAUACUGAAUAUUAGAGUUGAUCUAUCUCAGAAGAUGUCAUCUGAAUUUUUGAGGGUAACAUCGUACUGGACCAGUAAUACUGCAGCGGGAUAGACACCUAUUUUGUUAAUAUAAGGACAUUUUAUUGAUUCA